GGUGAGCUCAAGAGUGGAGUUGUGCCGGCGCGCGUUGCCGGGAGCGGAUGCGAGCGAGGGUCAGUCUUGGUGCUCGGCGAGAGUGAGUGGUCCUCGGCAGCAUGCGGCUUCAAAGAUGGCUAGGACUGGUGGUGAGUGCGUUUCUGGCUCUGUGCGCCCCUUUGAUGACAGUCGAGGGCCAGCAGCGAAUUCCCACAAACCUCUAUGAAAUUGUGCCCACUGAUUACACUAUUCAUGAGCCGCCGCCUCUUCUGGAUGGAAAACCAGUGCCUGUCGAGUUUUCCGUCAGCGUCAAAAAUAUACCUAAUCUGGAUGAAUUGAAACAGGAGCUGAGCAUGGAACUCAAUCUCAGGAUCUACUGGGUGGAUCAGAGGCUGCAGGUCGGCCCCUACUUUGAGGCUUUCCCCAAUAACACCUACAUGAACGCCAAUCCUGCCCUUCUUAACAAAAUCUGGAUUCCAGACGUUUACACCGAUUACACGAAAAGCGUGUCGGCUCCGAAAAUCCUUGCUGCGCCCGCCUCGCUUCGGAUCUACCCCAACACCACCGUGCGCUACUCGGCAAGAAUAACAAUGCAGUUUGCCUGUCCCAUGGACUUCAGGAAAUAUCCCGCCGACACCCAGAGCUGUGAUAUGAGCUUAGAAAGCUAUGCAUUUACUAGGGACAAAAUUUACUUCAGCUGGAGACCCGAGGGCGCUUCUAUUAACAUAGCGCACAGAUUGGCGCACUUUGAUUUUGAUUUCCACUUUAACAAUGACAAGGAAAACGUCAAUUUUCCCUCAGGAAGCUACCCAGCGAUAACUUUGACCGUUCUUCUCCACCGACGCAUCAGCUAUCACAUGCUGCAGACGUACAUUCCGAGUUUGAUGUUCGUCAUCGUGUCUUGGUUGUCGUUUUUGGUGCCCCCGGAGAGCGUGCCGGGUCGCAUGGCCAUCUGCAUGACCACCCUGCUCACCCUGACGGCGAUGUUCGCCGCCGUCCGACAAAGCACGCCCAGCGUCAGCUACGUCAAGGGACUCGACAUUUGGAUGGUCGUCUGCAUCUUUUUCGUUUUCCUCACGCUGGUCGAGUACACCCUGGUGCUAAGAUUGACCAAAAAUCUGAAAAAGAAUCAGUCUCCACCAACUUCUGCCAAAAAGCCAGAGCCCAGCACAAACUCCAAAGCCAGUCCGAUGGAACCGCAAAUGCAACCGGCGAAAAACGGCGAAGAGGCCUCUGCGUUCCACAAGUUUACUGGAGACGUGGUGAGCGGUCCCCCGUCGACGGAAUCGCCGCGGACCUGCUUGACUGCCUGCAUCGGCGGCGACGGACCCGACUGCUGGCGAAAUCCCACCAAGCGCGGCAUCCUCAUUCUCGAGACGAUCAGCUGCAUUUGCAUCCCAGGGGCUUUCAUCCUCUUCAACUUUUUCUACUGGCCUUUCCUGCUGACCAACUCGGACGUCCCAGUCAACAGCGCUGCUUAAAGGAAUGAGGAUUUUUUUCAUUUCGUCUGCCAAGUGACCUGCUGAAAACCUUUACUUAAGGAAAGACGCCAAUAAUUUUUUUUUAUUCCUUAAAGUGGAAGAAUUUUUCAAACGAGAUUGGUCUUUUUUCAGGAAUAAAAAAAUUAACCGGCGGCUCUCAUUGUAUAUUAAACGAGUGCAAAAAAUAUUUGUACUCCGCCAAUUUGAUAUUAAAAAAUAUUUUACUUAAGAUUAAGAUUUCCUCUGAUAUUGUACUUAAAAAGUUUUACAAUUACAAAUCAUGGAAACCUUUUACGCUUAUUGUAUUAUAAUUUAAGAGACACUUCAAAAUGACGGAUUUUUACUUUUUUGUGGCACUUUCGAGUAACAAAAAAAUAUUUCGAUAAUUGUAUAAUAUACGCACAACGAAUUCAACUCGUAAAUAAAAUGUGCUUGCACUUCCAA